AUGGCAAACCCAGCAGAUAGCAUCACUACAGAUCCUGUUCAAACCGAAACGGCCCUGCGAACCUCUGGCGUACCAUCCGAAAACGUCUCGACAGAAGCGGCUCUCCAAGCAGAGCACAAGAUCCACAAACCAGAGUUCGAGCCUGAGCCCGACCCGAAGCAAAUCGUUGCCCCCGCAGAUAAAGACGCCGCUCAGCUUGCUACAAACGGAAGCGCAUCAAGCUGGCCGCCUAUAUUGGACAAGAGAAGGAGCUCGGUGGUGAAGUUCGCCGACUCGUUUGAUGCGCCGCGUCGAAGCUCAACAGGUUCCCUGCGCUUUGAGACGCCGCAGCGCCCUGGUCUUCCGACGGGGAGAUCGAGAGGGAUCACGGGAAGCAGAAUCCGCAAUGCUAGCCCACCACACUCAAAAUUCCACCCCCAUGUCGCCUUUGACACCAUCAAUCCAGAUAUCCCCAAGAAUCCGGGCAUUACCUUGUCUGCUCGACACAAUGGGUUCCACGCAGAGCGACGGUCAAAAACCUUCAUGGUUGGAGUCGACGAGAACAGCUACUCGGAGGAGGCACUGGAGUGGCUCCUGACAUCGAUGGUAGACGACCACGACACGGUGGUCUGCGUUCGCGUGAUCGAGAAGGACGUUAAACAUAGCCACAAUGCGACAUAUAAGCAACGUGCACAGCAGUUGAUGCAGUCGAUAAUCAAGAAGAACAAGCUUGAUAAGGCUAUCUGCAUUAUUCUCGAAUACCAGUUUGGUCGGCUGGGGCACACUUUUGACACAAUGGUCAACGUCCACCUGCCAUCUAUGCUUGUAGUUGGAACGAAAGGUAAAACCAACCAAGGCAUGCAGGGAAUGUGGAACACCCGACACAGUUUCUCCAAGUACUGCCUCGAAAGAUCCCCUAUUCCAGUCGUCGUUGUCAGACCCGAAGAGGUCCGCCAGAAGAAGAAGGACAAACGCUCGCGGGAUCCUACGCGAGCCUCUUACGCUCAGAUAUUAGCCUCGACCAACGGCGUACACGAGUCGGACAUAAUGGAUGAUGUGGUGAUGUUGUCGACGGCGACGCAAUUGUCGUCGGCGGAUGAGGCGAGCCAGGUAGCCAAGGCGCUAGCUCUGCCGGCCGAGUUCGACCCGACGAUUAAAGGCAUCGCGCUCAAGCCACACCUUUACAAUCGCCCCUCGAUUGCGCUCACCGGCGAUUCUGAGGAUGCGCUACAAAGUACUCAAGGCCGACUCGCGAACAAGUCGCAUGAAAUCGAUAGUGGUGCUGAUAGUCCAGGAGAGGAGGAUGACGAUUUGGAUGACGACGAUGUGGACGAUUUAACAGCAGGCCCACCCCAACUUCCUGACCCCGCGAAGAAAGAGAAGCUACACAAAAUGGAGAUUGGAGAAGCGGCGGCGCUUAGGAAGCGGAACACGGGAGACCUGGAAGACGACGAUGACGCCUAG